GUGCGGUGUGCCUGCGUUCAGUUCGGUCACGAGACGGGCGCUGCCAGUGCCCGAGGCCAAAACCCUGCUUCGCUGUCCCCCCUGGUCACGUCCUCGCGCGCCUCAGGCCUUUUUGUUUAGUUCAGCCUGUUUCGACCGGAGUUGGUUACUUGGUUGCACAGUUCCGCUUGCUUCGCUGUAGCCUAGAACUCGUCCUUAUCGGAUCCGGUCCAAAGAUGCAACAAAUCAAGGGCAUGGCCCCGAUGGAGAUGGCGCCGGCGGGCGCGGGCAAGGCGGCGGCUGCAGCUCCGGCCUCGCGCAUGCCGAUGAUGCACAUGUCUUUCUUCUGGGGCAACCGCGCGGUGGUGCUGUUCCCGGGAUGGCCCGGCGCGCGCGGCGCGGGGGCGUACCUGCUCUGCCUCCUCCUCGUGCUCGCGCUCGCCGCGCUCACCGAGGCGCUCGCCGCGGCCUCGCGCUGCGUCGCGCGCCGUGGCGCGGGUGCGGGGGCAGGCCGCGUGCCGGCGUCCUCGGCCGCGCUGCUCACGGCGGCGCACGCUGCCAGGAUGGGGACGGCUUACCUCGUCAUGCUGGCCGUCAUGUCGUUCAACGGCGGAGUGCUCCUCGCCGCCGUGGCCGGCCACGCGCUCGGGUUCCUUAUCGCGCGGAGCAGGGUGCACAAUCGGGGCGGGAGUGCCGCCGCGGCCGCCGCCCGUGAUCGCGAGCUCGGUGGCAUGGACGUCCACCCUCCGGAUGUCUCCAAGGCAUAAGACUGCAGGGCAAAUGCACGAGAAAAUUAGAAAUUUAGCGUUUUUAUUGUUGGUCUUCGCAAGAUUAACAUCUUAUUCUAAGUCUUUGCAAAAUCAUGACCUAUUAGAUGGAGCCUUUGCAUCCCACGCCACACGUUUUCUUUAAUCUCUCUAGAUUAAUCUAUCUUAUAUACUAAGUUUGUUAUAAAUUAUGAGGUAACGAAACAGGCUACGUGGGUUAAAAAGUUUUUAUUAGUUUAGUAAUGAUAGAUAAUAUAUCAAAACCACUAAAGUUAUGGCAAAAGUAUUAUAAGUGUUACAAAAUAUUGUUCUGUGAUGAACUGACCCUUAUUUCCAAGGGACACACCCCUUGGGAGACUUUGUAUCCCCUGUAUAUAUAUACAUGACA